AUGCUGGACCAGACGCGACGCUCGCAUCGCAAGCUAUACCAAGUCUGGUAUGACUUGCGUAACGCAUUUGGCUCCCUGCCUCAAGAUCUUAUGUGGCGAGUACUCCGCCACCUCGGCGUUGAGUCCCGGUUUCUGAACCGGUGCCAAGAUAUAUACCAUGAUUCGACUUUCGUGGUGGCUAAUGCGAAGGAUGGUGCAACGGAUCCGGUACGGCAGGCGGUGGGAGUGUACCAGGGGUGUCCUCUCAGCCCGCUUCUGUUUAUUGCUGCACUGGUUCCGCUGGUUCGCCGUCUGGAGCUCCUGGAAAAUGUUGGCGUGCCACUGGCGGCGGAUGUGCGACCAUGCACCAGCGCCUACGCGGAUGACAUCAAGGUCUUCUGCGAUAGCGCCGACGGUAUCCAGCGCUGUCAUGGUGUGGUCAAGCGCUUCCUGGCAUGGACUGGACUGAGGGCGAACCCAGCCAAGUGUGCCAGUUUGGCUGUGAAGACAGGUCCACGUGGCGCUCCUGUUCGUGAUGAGAGUGUGCGACUGGAGCUUUACGGUGAAACCAUCACCCCACUCGGUCUCAAUGAGAGUUAUCGGUAUCUUGGGGUGGGUGAUGGUUUCGAUCAUGUGCGACACCGCCUACAGCUGGAACCCAAGAUUCAACAGCUCAAGCCGAGAGGCGUUUAG